UUCUAGUUAUCAGUCACUUGAGCUCAAUCCCAGAGAUCAGUUCGCAGUUUUCCUCUUGUGAAGUUAACACUUAACACUCAAAACAAUCGAAAUGGCUUUCCUGAAACUGGCCGUCUGCCUCGCCAUCGUCGGUGUUGCUGCCGCUUCCGUCGCUCCUCUGGCCCACCCUGGCCUCGUUGCCAAGGUUUACGAUGCUGGCCACUACGCUGGUGACUACUACUCUCACCCACAGUACAACUUCGACUACGGAGUGCACGACAGCCUGACCGGAGAUGUCAAGUCCCAGCACGAGGCCCGCGAUGGUGAUGUCGUGAAGGGACAGUACUCCCUGGUUGAGCCCGAUGGCUCUGUGCGCACCGUCGACUACCACGCCGAUGACGUGAACGGCUUCAACGCCGUGGUGUCCAAGAGCGCCCCCGCUGUCCACGCCGCCCCCGUGGUUGCCCACGCUCCCGCCGUGGUCGCUCACGCCGCUCCCGCUGUCGUCGCUCACGCCCCAGCCCCAGCUGUGACCGUGGCCCGCACCGCCUACGCCGCCCCUCUGGCCGCCCCUCUGGCCGCCCCCCUGGCCGCUCCCCUCGCCUACCACGGCUACCCCCACGGCUACGCCUACGGUGCUGCCCCCUACCUGAGGACGCCCUUCUCCUACGGCUACGGAUACCACCACUACUAAGCGCGCUCGCUCCCGCACCCUCCACCCACCCGAAGCUGCCAUUUAAUAUUUAUUCCCGCGACCCCUCCUCCGACUCUAUGUUUCUUGUGACUAACCUCACCCUCUGAACCUCCCCAACUCCGCGCUCAAGCUCUAACUCCCCGUCGAGAUGCAGAAGUUUUCCCCGUUGUUUGUGUUCCUCACGCAAAAGACGCCUGAAAAAGUGUCCACUGCCAAAUAGCCGUUUGCGAAUAAAUCAUGUGUAAAGUCUUUUCUUUCGAUAUACGUGUUAAAUGUCAGCUUUUCAAUGUCACGAAGAAAAAAUGCGAAAAAUGGGAAAAAAGCUCAAUACCUGUCUCUGGAGACAAAUAGCGGAAAACAUGUAUUUACACUGUAUAAAAUUUUUUAAAUGGAAAUCGAAAUGGAGCAAUAAAUGAGCCAUUUUCACAAUUACAAAUCAAA